AUGGACACCUAUGCAGAGGACAAAGAGCACCCCUCAAUUACAGCCGAAGAAGAUAAUGCUCAAGAUUCCGGCGUCUCUGACGCGAGAAAGCCGAUCUUGCCUCGCCGCCGCUUGGCAACCCUCUACGACGCCGUUGCAGCCCCCCAUGAAGUACUUUUCCGGCGCAAAGACGCGCCGGAGCGGUACGCUGAGCACGAUGUGUACAAUGCGCACGAGAGAGAUCUGCCUCGUGGCGGGAGGGACAUUCUCCCCCACAGCGAUCUUCUCAAGUCGGUCCACGCGUACUCUAGCAAGUUCUACGGGGCCAUGGAACGAAGGAGGAACGAGAUGAAUCGGGAAACAGAAGUCGGCGGCGGCGCUACUGGUGGACGUAGCGUCGACGAACGGAGCAUGGACGAGACCGCUCUGCUCGCCUUUGGGAUCCUGCUCGAAGAAGCCAGCAGGGAGGUCCUUGGCCAACGGGGUGAUUUGGUAUUUACAGAGGGUGUUGUUGGGGCAGACGGUUCAAGCGGAGAUGAAGUGGCGCAGCGUACAGAGUCUACGGUUGGUUACCGAGUCGUCGAGUCGUCGUUGAGAACGGCAACUAACAGCUCUGUCACCGAAAGGAGAUUGGCAAAGAGGAGGAGAUUGGCAGACUCCAACGAUUGA